CGCCGUGUCACGAAUGUCGGCUGACGUCCAACUCGAAUCAGACCAUCCAUAAUGGCACCGGUAUGCUUCAACGAGUCAAAAACUUAAUGUGAUGGGAUUCGACUCGCUCACAAUGUUGUUGCACUCAGCGUGGGCAUACGCUGCCCAAGGCCGCCACAGAAAGUGCGCGUGAGGCACGCAAGGCAUUCUUCUGCGACCUAUGUCAGAAAGGCUAUGCACGCAUGAAUGAGUUCGAGGCUCAUGAGAACUCAUAUGACCAUCAACAUCGGAAGCGGCUUCUAGAUAUGAGACAGUUGUCCAAAGAUCCCAACGCGGCCGCUCGGCAACGCGAGGCCGAGCAACGAGCCAACAGAGAGUCGGGCAUUACGACCGUGUCGACCUCUUUACCAGGCUCGGGUCCUGCAUCGGCGAAGAAAGCGCCGGUAUUCAAAAGCACCCUUCAGGCAAAGAAUAUGUCGGCUGUGGCAGCCAAGGCAUCCGAUACGGCAGAUGCGAGCGAGGAGCAAUUGUACGAUCCCUCGAAGCCGACAGAAUACCGUGACUUCGACCUACUGAAAGUCCCUCGAACUGGAGAAUCGUCGGGCCCUGGUGAGUGGGACGACUCGGAAGACGAAGAUGGACCAAGGUUCAAGAUGAUGAUAUAUUGAGCAUUGCAAAGAACUGAUGGAAGAGUCAAGUUUCCGGGUAAAGCAAUGCGUAGGAUUCCAACGAAUGAUUGUAUUAACUAUCUGUUACAUCGAGACGCAAAUGCAAAUGACGCAUACCCUGCGCUGCCCCAAGGAAUACGAAGAGUAUUUUCAAAGCAAGCCCAUCGGGAAAGGAAAGCCUGCAAUGCAGGCGACAUGCUCGUCCAACGCCGUAGGGUAUCAUAC